AUGGCGGAUAUUUACUAUCCUCCUUUUCUUUCAUCCCCUAGCUCUGCAUCACUUGCUAUUGUCCGUUCAUCGAACUCGUCGGUCGAAAAUUCACCACCACCAGCUUCGAGGACCCCGCCCUCCCCUCGUCUUCGGCGUGAGCAGCGGAAGGUUUUACAUCUCUUGAAUGAUGAAUCUGAUGAUGGCUACUCUCCGCAUCCUUCUAUUUAUGAGGCUUCUCCGGUAGCUUCCGAUGACGAAGGCCGCUCUGACAAAGAGCUCCCCGGCUCUUAUGAUUCGCCAAAGCAAAAACCUGUUGAUUUUUUGGACACGCAACAGAAUGAAUCUCCCGGAAGAGGCAGAAAUUUUUCUCGAUUUUCGGGCAUCUCGAUGAUGGAGACUAUAACGGAGCAAAAAAGUAUUAAGAGUACUCGCGACGAGAUCUUGGAUGAAGUGGCGUAUGCUCCACUGCAACAGGAUGAAGAGUCAGAUGAAGAUGAAGACGGGCGUUUCUUUUACGACUAUGCGAGUCCCACUCAACCGUUACACCCAGCUAUGUCAGCAUCUGCGCCUAAUCUUGGUGGAUCACCAUAUUCCUCUUCAGCUGAACAUCCCACAUCAGCGCCUACAGCCAGCACAUUCUUCUCGCGUGGCAUAUCGUCAUCUCCUCGCCCCUUUCCCCACCAACCGACCUUUCGUCCGGCUUUAUCGAUGAAUAGAUCUUACGGGACUCUAUCUUCGCAUCCAUUUCACCGUGCUCCUGUUCUCGUUACUGGAUCCGAUCCAUACACUGAUGGGAACCAGCAUACCCCGGAUUCACUGGAGAGUCCCACGUACGGGAGUCGGCCUAGUAGUCUCAGAAAUCAAAGUCUUUGGGGAAAACUCUGUAGAGGCUUCUGCUUCGUCUGCUGUUGUGUCAACAUCAAUGAUGAGAAUUUUCCAUAG